GUGUGUGUCCAUUGUGCCCUCCUGUCCUCUGUGUAUGCGUCUAUGUGUGUGUCAUCAUCUUUCUCAGGAUUCCCACCUACUGUUUCAGGAGAACUUCAGGCUCAGUCGUCCAUCCCUGUGUGGAGAGGAGUCGAGUUUUUCUUCUUCUUCAAGCUCGGCAGGUUCGACAGCAGGCCUCCACCUUCAGAAACACAGAGCAAAGCCAAACAUCCAUCAAGAUCAAAUAAUGAGGAGUGGAGUGGGCCUGUGUGUGCUGGGCCUGCUGUGCCUCCACAGCUCAGCCUUUGGGCAGGUGAGUCAGCUUGUCCAGGAGACAGUGGAGGUCCAGCCAGGCGUCCUGAUCUUCUGUGACGACCCAUCUGUAGAGAAGGCCGUCCACAGCGCCGUGCACAAGUUCAAUGAGAGGUUGAGCACCGGACACAAGCUGGCCCUCUUUCAGAUACAAACAGCCAGCAAGUCAGAGAAUGGCUCGGACUCUGUGUAUUCGCUGCAGUUCACCACCAGGAGGAGUGACUGUCCGGCUGGGAGCAACAAACUCUGGACAGACUGUGACUAUCUGGCUUAUGGACGCAAGAGGCCGAUUUCAUGCAACGCCACAGUCUACAUCACAGACACAGAAACAGACACCAAGCAGGUGGACUGUGUGCUGGAUGAUUACAUCGUUCCAGAGAAAGCUCCCUGUUUGGGCUGCCCUGAGGACAUUGAUGAGGAUUCAGAGGACCUUAAAGUUCCUCUUUCUGUCUCCAUCUCCAAGUAUAACUCCAUCUCUGACUCCACUCACCUGUUCACCCUGCACAGUGUUGGCCCCGCCACCAGACAGGUGGUCGCAGGUUUCAGGUUCAAGCUGAGAUUUGAUAUGAGGAAAAGCAUCUGCGCCAAGGCCGAACACAAAGACCUGAACGAACUGUGUGUGCCUGAUGAAGAGAAUGUGGAGUUUGCAAACUGUAACUCUACAGUGGACAUAGCUCCAUGGAGACUUGAACCCCCAGAGGCCCAGAUAGAGUGUGAACCUGGUGCACUGCCUCCCAUGUUGUUCACCAGGCGCCGUCCCCCCGGCUGGUCUCCACUCAGGAACCUUCUGUUUGACCGUCCCCCCUCCAAGUCACCACCAACCUCACAGGCCACCCCCUCCAAAGCUUCAGCCAAAGAAGAAUCAUCUGAGGAGGACACCACGGCCUCCAAACCGUCCGGCAUCCCCGAUGUGGCCUCGGUCCCUGGAGCUGCAGAAGCUGUGAAUGACACCCCCUUCCACUGCCCGUCCAAGCCCUGGAAGCCCUUCCGUUCAGUCCACCCUGCUGCGCCUGAACCUCCUACUCAGGCCACCACAGAGGUGGGCCCCUCACAGCAGUCAGCAGACAAUGCCUUCAGUGACACAGACCUGUUGGGUUAAAUUUGUCCACAUUUAUAUUCAAAAUAAUUUUCACACUCUUCCAACAGAUUUUGUGUUUGUUGUGCAGACUGGUUACUUUUUUUUUUUUUUUUUGAAAAGAACCUUUUCAGGAGUGUCUUCAGAUUUAAAACUAUGAAAGGAAGAGGGUUAAUAAAACAAACAUUUUUGAAGAAGAAAAAAAGAGAAAGUAACCCAUUUCUGGGGCCUGUAACUCCUCAGAAAGCACUGGAAAAAUAAGGACUGAAAUGAUGACAGAGCUUCACACUGUUGCUAGUUAAGUGAGGAAUAAAACAGGUGUCACCUUAAUAACAGUUUCCUCUAAGUAAAUCAAAGGAAUGAGUGUUUAAGUGCCCUCUGAGAUGUGAGAAAAGUGAAAUAAAACUUUGCUCUUUA